AUGUCCAAGGACAUGCACUGUAGUUGUGAUCUGGUGGUCAAGAGACCCCUGCCACCGCUGCAUCCUUCAGCGCUUACGAAAUCUCCAAGAGGUUUAUCUCAUUCUCCUUGGGCUGUGAAAAAGAUUAAUCCCAUAUGUAAUGAUCAUUAUCGAAGUAUGUAUCAAAAGAGACUAACGGAUGAAGCUAAGAUUUUGAAAAGCCUUCAUCAUCCAAACAUCAUAGGUUAUCGUGCUUUUACUGAAGCCAGUGAUGGUAGUCUGUGUCUUGCUAUGGAAUAUGGAGGUGAAAAGUCUCUAAAUGACUUAAUAGAAGAACGAAAUAAAGACAGCCAAGAUCCUUUUCCAGCAGCCGUAAUUUUAAAAGUUGCUUUGAACAUGGCAAGAGGGUUAAAGUAUCUGCACCAAGAAAAGAAACUGCUUCAUGGAGACAUAAAGUCUUCAAAUGUUGUAAUUAAAGGUGAUUUUGAAACAAUUAAAAUCUGUGAUGUAGGAGUCUCUCUACCAUUGGAUGAAAAUAUGACUGUAACUGACCCUGAGGCGUGUUACAUUGGCACUGAGCCGUGGAAACCCAAGGAAGCUUUGGAGGAGAAUGGCGUUAUCACUGACAAAGCAGAUGUAUUUGCCUUUGGCCUUACUCUGUGGGAAAUGAUGACUUUAUGUAUUCCACAUAUUAAUCUUUUGGGUGGUGGUGAUGAAGAUAAAACUUUUGAUGAAAGUGACUUUGAUGAAGAAGCAUACUGUGCAGCGCUGGGAACCAGGCCACCUAUUAAUAUGGAAGAACUGGAUGGAUCAUAUCAGAAAGUAAUUGAACUCUUCUCUGUGUGCACUAACGAAGACCCUAAAGAUCGUCCUUCUGCUGCACAUAUUGUUGAAGCUUUGGAAGUAGAUGUCCAGUGAUCACCUCAUAUUCAUGACCACCUCCGCAUGAAGUAUGGCUCGUGAAUAUAACGGUGUUUAUUCUGGCACAUUUAUAUAGUUACUAUGAUGACCUGUAGUUAUUAGACUCUGUAGGUGGCCUAUUUCAGGAUCAUAGUACUUUGUUAACAUUGGAAUAAGUAUUUCUAAUAUAAGCAUAUUUCUUAUGUGCUUAUGAUGAUAAGCACUUGGAAUUGUACUGGGUUUUCUGUGAAGUUUAAGAAACUAGCUAGGCAAGUAAUUUGAUGUUGUUCAUACAGACUUAAAACGCUAGCAAUAAAAUGCUGUAUACUAUAUCUAACAAUAAUUUGGGUUGUGUCCAUUUUUAUUGAUUUUUCUUAAAUAUUGUGUCUUAAUGGAUCUUGAAAUUAGCACUUUGUACAGUACAAAAUUAGUCUACAUUUGCUUAUAUUUUAAAACAUUAAACCUUUUUCUGGUCUUUCUUGGCUGAUAUGAUUAUUAAAUGCUCACUGGAAGCUGAGAAUAUGACUCAAAAGAGUAGCUCCUUGCGUAUUUCUAGACUCUUUGAUUGCAGUUUGUCUUGCUUCUUGGAUCUCCCCAGAUCUCUUUGGUUUUUGCUUUAAUUUAGUAAAUGUAUUUUCUGUACUGAAAUUUAUUUUUUAUUUUUUAUUUACUAAUCUGUAUCUUAAGCAUUUCACAGUUGUGGUGUAAAAAUAUUAAAACUCAAAUAAGAUGAUACAGAAUAAAGGACGUUUUUGGUACCACA